CGAAGCCUCGUUUUAGAUCAAUUGAGUAUCAGUGUGUUUCUGUUCUCUUUUGCAAUGACGCUGAAGAAAUUCUUCCUGUAAAAGACACACAGGAACUAAAAAGAGGAAGGGGAAGGACGAGAGUAAAAACUGAACACAGAGGUGAUGGACACGACAGAUGAGAACUGCAGUCCGAGCACCGUGGUGAAUAGUGUUUAUCCGGUGCGGUGUACUGAAGAGGUACUUCUCCCUGCCUUCACAGAUGAGAGUCUGCAGGCCGCCAUGGCCUCACAACACCCUCCCGCUUCAAAGAGCGUCCCUAACCCUCUCCCAGAAAUUAGACUGGUCCUCCUGGGUCGGAAAGGAACUGGGAAGAGUGCGGCAGGAAACACCAUCCUGGAAGGAGGGUUCGAAAGCGGGAAGCCCACGGAGGAGUGUGUGAAAAGGCGAGCUGUUGUGGAAGGGAGAAAAGUCAUGGUGGUGGACACACCUGGGUGGGAGUGGUACUACCCGCUCAACAGCACCCCCAACUGGGUGAGGAGAGAAACUUUACGGAGUGUAUCGCUUUGUCCACCGGGACCCCACGCUGUGCUUCUAGUAGUUCGGUCCUGCGCCUCAGUGAACGAUGCCUACAUCAUGGAGAUAGAGGAGCACCUGGAGCCACUGGGAAAAGACGUUUGGGAACAUACCAUGCUGCUGUUUACCAGGGGGGACGAACUGGGACUGACUACUAUGGAGCAACGGAUUCUAACGAGCGGCUUGGCCCUCCAAAGACUCCUCCGGAAGAGUGGGAACAGAUAUCAUGUCCUGAACAAUCGGAGUAAAGGAGAUGGAGCACAGGUUAAAGAGCUGAUAAGGAAGCUGGAGCAAAUGGUGGACGGGAAGAAAGAUGGAAAGAGUCAUUUGGAGAUGGGUAAUUCAGUUCUGUUGGGUUUGGAAGCAGAUGGGAAGAGGAGAGCCAGGGAAAGGAGGAAGAAACAGAGGCAGAUGGAGGCACAGAUGCAGAGAGAGACCAUCAAAGCUGCUGUCACGAAUGAUGGUCCACAGGGUUCCGAGUUGGAUGCUCAUCAGUCUUUCUCCAAAGCUUCCCGACGUCUGCACGAAGUCAGACUGGUUCUCCUGGGUGAGCGUGAAACAGGAAAGAGUUCUGCUGGGAAUACUAUCCUGGGAAAAAAUGACCUCUUCCAAGUGGGGACAGUAACUGAGGAGUGCAUCCGUCAACAAGCGGAGGUGUCCAUGCGGCUGGUGACGAUGGUGGACACACCGGGCUGGGAGGCAGGCGCAGCAGGUUCUACACCGGAGAGGGUGAAGAGGGAAAUUGUUGGUAGUGUGGUCAUGUGUCCACCAGGGCCCCAUGCAAUCCUGCUGACUCUGAGAGUGGAUACACUGGUAAAAAUGGGACAUGUGAGAGAACAUCUGGAGCUUUUGGGUGAGGGUGUAUGGAGACACACUAUCUUGCUAUUCACCCACGGCGAUCAACUUCGAGAGGGGGUGGAUAUUGAGCAGCACAUCCAGGGUGGGGGCAGGGACAUGCAGUGGCUGCUGGAGAAAUGCCGGGGCAGAUACCAUGUCAUCAGCAACUUAGAUGGAGGAGGAAGAGGAAGUGAAGGCCCCACCAAGGUGACAGAGCUCCUGGAGAAAGUGGAAAAGAUGGCAGCAACAAACAGGUGUGAGGCUUUUUCCACCCUGGUUCAGGACGUCCGGGAUCUGAGCAGACAAAGGAACGAAAAGUUCAACCAGCGCCUGAAGGACAUGGGAGAUAAAAUGGUUCGUCAGGCAACAGAGUUGAAGAACAUGAGAGACAGGGAGAUGAAGAGCAUCAGAAGACUCUUUGAUUGGAAGAGGAAGGUAAAAUCACCUGGGAAGGCUGACAUUCAAAGGGAAGAAGAGGAAGACGAGGACAGAAGGGCUGGUGAAAGGAAGAAUGAUAUUGGCGAGCUAGAAGAGAGGAUACGAUGGCUGACAGAGGAUAAAGAGAGGGAAAUUCAGGAUCUGAACAUAGAAAACGAGAGAAACCGUGUAGCACUAAACCAAAGUAGAAAAGAAAGGGACGAGACAAUGCUUAACCUGGGGCUAAGAGAGAGAGAGAUUGAGGAGCUGAAAGAAAGAAUUGACGAGCAGCAACUGAAGCUGCUCGACCUUGAACGUGCCGCUGUAGAAAAUGAACAUGAGAGAAAAAAGUGGGAGGAUGCCUUUGGAGCGAAGAAACAAGAACUGAGGAAAGAAGUGGAGAAACUGGAGGAAACUAUUGAGCUGCACAAGAAAGAAAAAGCAAAGUGGAUUGAAAAAGCUGAUUCUUUAAAAGUUGAAAUGGACGAGACCAAAAGACACUACAAUGCUGUUCUUGAGAAACAACAAGAAGAAAAUAACAGGGAGAUAACAAAGCUGGAAGAAAACCUAAAAAAGGAGAUGGAAACAAAAUUGUCUGAAAAAGACAAAGAGCAGGACGAACUGAGAAAGAAAGCCUCAGAGGAAAAGCAGAUGGCUCUCGAAAAUAUUAAACAGUAUGAAAAAGAUAUGGAAAGGAAAGUUGAAGAAAUGAAAUCACAACACAAGAAAGAGCUGGAGAGAAAAAUGCAAGAAAAAGAAACAGCAGUACAAGACAUUAAACUGCAGCAUCGAGAGGAGAUGGCCCGAAAAAUCAGUGAAAUAGAAAAAAUGACAGAGGCAGCGAAAGUUCAACACCAAAUAGAAAUUGAUCAGACUUUGAAAGAAAAGGCUCAUGAUAUGCAAAGGAUCAAACAGCUGUAUGAAAAGGAAAUAAGGGUCAUACAGCAGGAAAGCCAGAGGCAGAUUGCAGAUCUGAGAGAGCAGUUUGCAAAAGAAAAUGAGGAACAUCUGCAAGCAAAAAAGAAAUAUAUAGCAGAGCUAGAACAAAAGUAUCAGGCUCAAAUAAAAGAAAAAAUGCUAGAAAAUGAAAAAGACAAGGAAAUGAUUCAUCUAAAUCACAAAAACGACGUGGCACAAAAGAUGCAACAGAAACAUAAAGAAACAGAAGCCUUAAAACUGCAGCAUCAGGAAGAAAUGGCAAGAAAAAUCAAUGAAAUGGAAAAACUGAUGGAUGCAAUGAGGGCUGAACAUCAGAAGGAAAUAGAGAGAAAAGUGAAAGAAAACAAGGAAGAUAUACAAAGGGUACAGCAACAGUACUUGGAAAAAAUAAAGGAAAUAGAGGAAGAAAGAAAAAGAGAGACUGACGAGAAGAAAGAACAGUUGGCAAAAGAAACUGAGAAACAACUGCAGGAAAGACGAACCGAGAUAAGAGAGUUAGAACGAAAAUAUAUCACCCAAAUAGAAGAAAAGGUCCUGGAAAAUGAGAAAGAGAAGGAAAAGAUUAAUCAAAACAAUGAAAAAUACAUUUUGGAAAUACUGCAAGAGAGAGACAGACUAACAGAAGAGUUAAAACGUCGGCACAGUGAUGAAAUCGAAGAAAAGAUGCAAGAAAGUGAGAAGGAGAAACAAAGAUACAAGAAAGAGAUGGAGAGAACGGUGGAGGAAAGGGAAAAAGAGAUUGAGGAGAUGAAACUGAAUGCCAAAGAACUUAAGGAAAAGCUGGAGCAAAAGGAAGAGAAAGAAAUGAAUCAUUUAAAUUACAAGAAAGAAACAGAGCAAAGACUGAACGAAAAGGAAAAAGAAACUGAGGAGAUCAAACUAGAGGUCAAAGAACUGAAGGAGAAACUGCAACAAAAGGAAGAGACGGAAAUAGACCAUUUAAAAUACAAGAGAGAAAUGGGGCAAAGACUAGAAGGAAAAGAACGAGAAAUGGAAGAGAUGAAAGAACAUUUAAAACAACUCGAGCAAACCCUGCGACAGACAGAAGAGGAAAGAGAAAGGGAUCAAUUAAAUCACAAGAGACAGAUGACGCAGAAACUACAAGAAACAGAACGGGUGAUAGAAAAAUUGAACCAGCACAUAAAUGAUAUUGAAGAAAUUCUGCAACGAAAAGAAGAAGAGAGAGGAGAAAUUAUUCUAAGCCAAAAGAAAGAGGCAGAGCAACGACUGCAAGACAGAGAGAGAGAGAUGGAGGAGAGGAAACUACAGCUUUUAAACGAAGUGGAGAGAAAGCUAAAAGAAAAGGAAACUGAGAUUGAAGGUAUUAAACACCAGGCCGACUCCAGGGAGAUGAGAUGGAAGGAAGAGCAGAAGAAGAAGGAUGAGAAAACAGAAAAUGAGAUGAACAAGAUGAUAGAAAUCCUUGACAAGAAAACUAAAGAAAUAACACAAGCACAGUGUCUUCUUGCACAGAGAGACAGUGAGGUGGAUGAGGCAAAAAAGACAUGUGCAAACUACUUAGAAGUAAUUGAAGAUUUGAAAGAAAGCAAUAAAAACCAGAGCUCCAGUAUCAUUGAGAUACAGCAACGUCACACAGAGCAGGAGAGGAAAAAAGAGGCUGACAUGAUGGAAAAACUGCAGGAAAAAGAAGAGGAGCUGGAGCACCUGAGGCAAAGAGACAGAGAAAACGAGAGAGAGAUCAUCCAGCUGAGGCUAACAAUCGAGCAAACAAAGUCAGAGCUGAACAAUCUCGCCAAGAAGAUGGAAAAGGAGAUGACAAGCAUGAUUCAGGAAUAUGAAAAGGAGGUUGCAAGAAGAGACGAGAACAUCGAAUCAGUUGCAAAAGAGAAGGACGAUGCAAUAACUCGUUUGAAGGAAGAAAGUCGGCAGAAAUACGAGGAAAGUCAAAAGAGAGUUGGGGAGCUUCAGGAGCAAAAUGAGAAGAUGAGAAAGGAGACAGACAAUCUCAAAAUAAAGUAUGAGGAGCUGAAGAAGGAGAGCGAGGAGGAAGUUAGGAAUCAUCUCAGAGGAUUUGAAGAGCAGGUAAAGAGCAAAGAAUCUGAAAUCCAAAUAGUUCUUAAAGAGAGAGAUCUGGAGGUUCUGGCAUUAAAAGAGGAAAAUGACAAACUGCAAGUAGAGAUAGAAAGGAUGAAAGACAGAGACGACGAGGCAAACAUGAAGAUGAAUGAGCUGAGAGAGCAUUUUGAGAAACAGCUGAUUGAGAAACAAAGUGAGUUCAGAAUUAAGGAUGAGGAGAUUGAACAGAAAUUCUUAAAAAGGGAAAAACAAGUAAGGGAGAGGGAACAGGGGCUGAGUAGGAACGAAGAAGAGCUGAGCAAAAGAGGACUCCAGUUGGAUGCAAAAGAGGUAGAGCUUGUUGAAAAAGAGGUAAAGCUUGAAAGUAAUGAACAGGAACUCAGAAAACUGAAAGAGAAUCUGGAGAAACAAGUAAAACAGCAAGAGAGAAUAGAUCAAUACGAGCAAGAUGUGAAAAUGAGAGCACAGAAUAUUGAGAAAAAGGAAAGGGAGCUAGAAAGCUUGCUUAGAGCUCUGGAAGGUAAACAAAGAGAGCUAAGCUCUCACGGACAAGAUCUUCAGCAGAAGGUAAAAGGGCUGAAAGACCAGGGGAAAGAAUUAAAAGACAUGGAGCACUACUUAAAAAAUGAAGAGCAGGAGUUGCUCAAUUGGAAGUCAGAGCUGCAGAUGCGAAAUGAACAUGUAAACUCUACAACUCAGCAGUUAGAUGAGAUGGGGAGAGACUUGGCUUUGCUGAAAGAAGAACUUCACAAAAAGGAGAAAAAUUUAAAGAUCUUGCUCAACAAACUGGACAAAUGGGAGCAGAAUCUUGAAGCACGAGAGGCAGAAUUACGUGAAAGAGGGCAAAGAGACAGACAACAUGAGGCUCACGACAACAUGAGAGUCCAUGAGGUGGAUUUUUUCAGUCUGGAAGACGCAGCUGAGAGCUCAGAGGACGAUGUCCAUAUGAUGUACCAAGAGGUCAGUGAGAGAAGGGAAAAGGGAAGAGGAAAAGAGUCAGAUAAAGGAGAAAGCACAAAGGAUGGGGAGGAUCAGACGAUGGAAACAGCAUCGUCAGCUGCAGAGAGCAAUAACUGUCACCUUGAAACACUAAAAGAUAUAGAGAUGGCUGAUGAAAUGGAAGGGGUGAGAGGAAGAGGGUUAGAGAUGAAUAAGAAAAAUGGCAGAGAGGAACUGGAAAGGGAAAGGGUUAUCAGUGAUUUGAGGUUGUUUUCUCAGAGUCAGGGUCACAGAACUUCAAACAACAAAGACUCUCCUGGGUCAGAUUUGAGGGUGGUGGUGUUAGGGGAGUCCUGGUCACCUCUCUCCCCACCUGGAGUCACCAUCCUGGGUGGAGAGGCCUCCGAACUUGAUGGAUCUACCUUCCGGUCUUGGAAAGGUCAGAUAGCUGGGAGACACCUCGCGGUUGUAGAGCCGCUAGGUUUGAGGUGGCGAGAUGGACCAGACCCAACAAACACAUUGCAGAGGAAAAGUCUUCUCGACAGUAUCUCCUGGUGUCGCCCAGGACCUCACGUCGUCCUCCUGGUCAUGCCGGCCUUCUUAACCUGCACACGGAAGUACAGGAGAGCUGUGGAGGAGCACAUGAGUUUGUUUGGGGGAGAGAUCUGGCAACGCACCCUGGUGUUGUUCACAUGGGGGGAAACUCUAGGGGUGAGUGCGGAGCAGCACAUCCUGAGGAAUGGGGAACUGAUGGGGCUUGUGGAGAGAUGUGGGGGCAGGUAUCAUGUGCUGACCAGCAAGAACACCCACUCUGUCAUUGAAGGAUUGUUUGAAAAGUUGGAGGGUGUAGUGGCUUUGAACAGCGGAGAACAGUAAUGAGACUGUGUAAAAUUUAUAAUGUAAAUACUGUUAUGCUGUUGUGUGAAUAUGUUCCAAUAAAUUUAUGGAAGAAGUACUCAGAUCUUUAAUUUCAGUAAAACUAUUAAUAUCACAGAAUAAAAAUUCCCCUUUCCAAGUAACAGAACUGCAUUUUAAGUAAAAGAAUAUAUCAAUUUUAGUCCAGCAGAUCUCAACUGGCUUUCUUUGGUUAAAUUUUGGAUACCCACAAGACAAAAAAAAAACUGAAAACCUGGUUUAAUCCUGAACAGUGUGACCAGUAACUAUGGUUGACAAAUAAAUAAAAAGGAAUAAACAAGUAAUAACAGUAAAGUAAAAAGUAAUAAUAUUCUUCUCUGAGAUUUAGUAGAACAUAAGUAUAUAAGUAUAAGUUCCUCAAACUUGUACAUAAGCACAGAACUUGAAACCUGCUUAAUGAAUGAUUCGUAUAAAUAUCCAUUAAUUAUUCAUUACUUUAACAAAAAAAAAAAAAAACAUAAAAUUCUGAAUGAACUGCAGACCCAACAUGAUUUUUCAGACAAAUCUUAGCUGA